AUGGAUGUGGAUAUGGCAGCGUGGGACCAGGGGAGGAGCCCAUCGGGCAAGAUCCUCUCACUGGACAGACAAGGGGCGAAAAAAGUGCUGGAAAUCUAUGUGAGGCGCUCGCUGAGCUGCUGCGAGAGCUCCCUGGCUGCCAAGAGGAGAGCUCAGGAGAGAGCCGGGGGGAAAAGGGCAGCCAAGCUGCAAAGGUCAAAAAGCGACUUCUGCAAUUAUUCAUGCUCCAAAAUCAGCCCGAGGAAAGACCAGGAGGAGGGACCCAACACAUCAGAUCUGGAAGAGGCUCUGGAUAAUACGAGCAAAGCCUGGUUCAAAAGUUUCUUGAACUUCCUCUUCAGGAAGAAUCCUGAUGAUCAGAAGGAAAAUGCAGGGCAAAAGGCAAAGGAAAAAGAUAUCAAAGCUCCUCACAGCACCAAAUCAGAUGUGCCUAGGCGGCCUGGGACAGACGUGAACACCGCCCCGCCGCCGGGCAAACACCCGAGGAAGAGACCCAGCCUCAAGAGGGUCUUCUCGUUCAAGAAGCACGUGGGCGCCGAGGAGGAGCGCGGGGAGGCUGCAGCAGGAGCCAAGGCCAGGAGGCCCAACCGCCUCCUGCUGAGGCACAUCCAGACACCGGCCUCGACAGGUACAGACCAGCCCGACUGCUACUACGCGCAGGUGUCUGAAGAGAUAGGGCUGAUAGUUCACGGCAGCGAAAGCCACGCGAGCGGCCAGCAGCGUUUCCAGGAGCCGCAGGGCCCGGCCGGCGCGGAUGGUGUUGAGGAAGCCAUCAGAAGGAUCGUUGCCCUCCUUCAGAGCACAGGAGAUGACCUGGAUAGGAAGGUGAAGGAAGAUGCACGGCUACGGAUGUUUUUCAAAGAAAUGUCCUACAGCUCCUUCAAGAACUUGGCUGAUGCCUACGUCAGCACGGAAAUGACAGCCAGCAGGCCCAACAUUAACCCCCAGGAAAUCCAGUUUGCCUUUGCUGUGCACCUCACUGCCAAGGUGGCCGGCAUCUGCAACCAGGCGGUGAACCGGAUCAUGGGCUUCGGCACGCGCUACCUGGAGGACUCGUUUGCACCCCUGUCCUACGGCAAAAUUCUCCAGGAUAGGGACCAGUUCAACACAGAGAACUGCGAGAGCCCAGACUGA